AUGUGUGACUUCAUGGACUAUAUCCAACUCGCUUUCUACGAUGCAUCGAAGUGGAACCGCGACAAUUCCUACUCACGGCUGACGACGACAGCAAAUGACCUCCUCGAUUUCUCAACGCCGGAGCGGCUAAAAGUUAACCUGUCAUCAUUGUCAACUCCUCAUUUUGCGACAACGUACACACUUGGUACGGUGGGGUUGAUAGAUGGAUCUAUAUCAUAUUUAUUUACAACGAUACCUCUUCACAAUACCCCAAGUCGAAGUUCUUUGAUUCCUCUUCGAAAUCUUGUUCCUGGGUACCGACAAAUUUACCCCCCUUCAAUACCCAUUGAAUACCCUACAGCGAAUGACCAUAGUAGCGUACCUGCCGCAGUUUGCAGCAAAGAGGAUAAUCCGAAAACCAAACCAACUUUAUUACAUGCGACGCUCCAUCUGCCGCCUCCAACCACAUUGACAGGCCUAUUUAUCCGCCGUUUAUCAUCCACUACUCAGCUUUCCCUUGCGGUUUGCUCCAGUCGAGCCCCAGCAUCCAAGUCUGCACCUCAGGCAACCCUACUAACUCAGAUAUUUCACGAUACGGGCAAAUAUAGUUCAGAGUUCCUGUUCAGCACGGACAAUGCUUUGCUGGGGUUCAAGGGGUUAUGGAACUUCGGACCGGAUCCGAGAAAAACGAGACGUGGAGAUCCCGCAUCUCAACGCAGUCGACCUUUACUCUCAUUGCUUUCCGCUGGCGGGGAGGUAUACUAUUCCCCUGUGUCCUCCGUUGUUGGCCUUUCCACCGGUCUACGAUUCGCCACAUUACCGGCUGCAACCGAAAACGCUCAUUCCGCCUUCCCUUACACUUUAACCCUCACUCUCACGCCCCUCACAGGUUCCAUGUCAACCACAUAUUCACUCCUUGCCUCCCCCAAUCUCGCCUUCAGCUCCCGUUUUGGCUUCAACGUCUACAGCUGGGAGAGCGAGAUGGUAGCAGGAUGUGAACUAUGGCGACGUAGCGAAUCAAGGUCCCAAAAAAUUUAUCCGUCUGCAGUGGACAAUUUGGCCUGGGCACGAUUGAAAAUGGGCGUUCCUGCUACUGCAGUCUCUGUAAAUCCUGAGAAUGAGCUCUCUCAUAUCCAAAUGGAAGGCCAUAAUAGUUCCCAUGCGUCUGAUUCCGUGAUUAAAGUCCGCAUUGAUCAGUCCUGGAAUAUCCGUGCUUUAUGGGAAGGUCGGGUUAAAGAGCUCCUUAUCAGCGCCGGCGUUGCUCUUGGACCGGCAUCGCGCUCUACGCUGUCAUAUGCGUCGCCCGUGGCCCCGGGUGGACUAAGUUCGUAUGGUUGGAAGAGUGUCGGUGUGUCAGUUUUAUAUGCGUCGUAA